CCUUGGCUCACAUAUAUUGCCUGGGGAAAGAUUUAUGGCAAAAUCAUUCACUGUCGCAUCCUCGGGAUCGAUAUGAUCAUUAUAAACUCUGAAUCGAUUGCGCGGGAGUUGUUGGACAAACGUUCUGCGAUUUACUCGGACCGCCCCGUCAUUCCCACCAAUGAGAUG